UGUUAAUCCACAAUCAGCCCAAAAUUGCAUACCAGCUGUGGAUGUAUGUGGUGUUACAGGGUGGUAUCAAGGGGUGUUAUGUGUACCAACUCCGAUUGCCGGCGUUCCGUCAUCCAUGCGAUGCAUGGAUUUGACAACUGAACGAACAAGGACCACUCUAUCUCCGUUGAAAUCGGUAGAAAAAUUGAGAUGGAGAAUGAAGGGGCUCAGUCGUUCAACGGUGGAAGCCAACCUGAAAAUAGAAGAAGCUCUAAUGAAACUAAUCGGCUAUUUCGCGUACAUUCAGCGUUACAAUUUAGAACUGCAUCCAGAGCAAAUAUUAGCCCGACAGAGACAGGAUACAGUCUUAUUUCUUUAUAAUACGAGUUUAGUCUCCAUCGAAGCAAACACCUUCACUGGAUUUCCGAACCUUCUGACACUAAUCUUAGGUUCGAACAAGAUACAGAAGAUCAGGAAUACAGCUUUCACUGGUUUACACAAAUUGCAACAUAUGAAUAUUCAAUGGAGCGAGCUAUCUUCGAUUGAAAAAGGCACAUUUACACAUUUGAACAGUCUUCUUUACUUGGAACUCUUUGGGAACCACUUAGAAUACUUGCAACCUGGCGUGUUUACUGGAUUGAGCAAUCUUCGAGAACUAGGUCUACACCUCAAUAGGAUCCAAGGCAUCGACAAGGGGGUUUUCGACGGACUGAAGGAAUUAGAAUUCUUGUAUCUGUAUGAAAAUCAAAUCAGCCAUCUAGAUGUUGGGGCAUUUUCUGAUCUUGAAAACCUUAAAAUAUUGUAA